UGGAAGCUUUUUUCGGCCGCAGCUUUUUGAAGGAUACUGUUAGGUGGCACGGUGAUGUUGCUCUGAAAGCACUUCCUAUGGAAUUUCGUGACAUUUCACUCAUUCUGUGCUAGAUUUCCCGAUAGUUCAAAUCAGAGGUAACACAAAUCGAAGAUAUUACGGCAGUAAAAACCCCCAAAGUAAAUAAGAACCAGCCAGCAACGGACUUCCAAAAUAAAACCCACGCUCAACGCUCAACGCUCAAUUCCUUACCCAGAAAAAAACGAAGUUCGAGAAAUUUCAUUGAUUUUGGCCCAAGAAAAGUGUGUAUGGUGUGGUGUGCCACGAGGGGGAUAAAAAACAGAACGUACGAACACAAUUGUUUUUCCUGCAUUUUUGCCUCCCCUUCACCCAAUAAAGUGCGCAAGAGUGAGACACCGAUCUCGAUGUCUCCGCAAUUAGAUAAUGCUUAAGCUACCAAAGGGCCUAAAAAAGAAAAAGAAGAAGUCGAAAAAGGACCAAGAACUCUUCACCGAAGAGGAGCUCGAGCAGUACAAGCGCGAGCUCAGGGCCAAGCAGGAGGCGGCGGCCAAUAAGUCGGACGCUGGCGAAUCGGACGGUGGCGCAUCGGACGUCGAGGGUGCCGCAGGCGCCACAUACCACAGAUCCUCUCUCGGAGACGCUCAUCUAGCCGAAUCCGGUGGUGCAACAACCUCAACUGACGACCACCACCACCACCACCAUCAGCAGCAUCAGCAUCAGAGUUCCAGUGGAGGCGGAGGCGACGAGGAAUGGGCCAAGUUUAAGGCGCUGACAUCGGGCGUCGAUACCAUCCUACACAAGACCCAGGACGAGCUCGAUCGCAUCAAGAAGGAGUCCUUCUACCAGCGCCUGCCCUCGGCGGCCGAAAAGAAGAAGCAGGAGGAGGAGGAGGCAGCCCGUCUCGAGGCGGAGCGCCAGGAAAGGGAACGCCAACGCCUCGCGUUAAUCGAGUCGCAGCGCGACAAGCUAGCAGAGGCCGUUGUCGAGCUCUCAGACUCGGAGGACGAGCAGCAGGACGAGGUCGAUGAUAUCUUUGCCACCGACUACAUCGAGGCCAUCACCAGCGGAGAGCUCCAACUAGCCGUUGUACCCGAUUCGCCCGUGUUCCAGGCGGACGACGGGCCCGAUCCGUUCGACACCGCCUACGCGGAGAAGGUCAUUGUUGGCGCCGACAAGGCCAAGGGCAACAAGAAGCUCGUCAGCCUCGGUGCCGCCGUCGAGGUACUCUCCGGACGCGUAGACCGCGACCACGCCCUAGCCCUAGCCAAUCCCAAGCGAAAGCUACGCAAGGGCAUCCAGAAUCUAUUGCUCAGCGAGAGCGUUGAGCUAGCCGAUCCCGAGGCGGAUCUAUUGGCCGCAGCCGCCAACGCCGAGCCGCAGCACAAUCUGCUCGACGAUCUUGUCGACGACGAUCUCACCGAAUCGGCUGGUCCCAUUGACUUGAGUGUCUCGCUCCAUCUGCAUCUGAUCAAGCCGCAACGAGUCGACGAAGAGGACGAGGACGCAGAGCUAGCAGAGCUACAGGGGAGCUCCCUCAAUCCGGAUCUAGCCGAAUUCGAUGCCCUCAAGGACGAGGAGGACGACGAGUUUGCCGAACUAGCCGCCGAGUCGCUCACCAAAAAGGAGGACAUCACCAUUGUCAAUCAGGUUGUCCUGCCGCCAGCCUCGCUACUCACCGAAGCCGUUGCCGAGACCAGCUGGGCCGAGUUCGAGCCGGAGCCCGAGUCCGAGGAGCCACUAUCAGGAAAACCAAAGCGCCCGCCGCCACCGGCCAGGCCUGCCACUGGACCACACAUUGUACCUGGUGCCAUCUACGUCAGUGACGACGAGGAGGAGCCGAACCUUGACGACGAUCCGUUCAACACUAACUACGCAGAGCAGGUGAUCAAGAAGACCACCGUACUCGAGGAGGACGACGACUUUGAUCCGCGCGCCGAGGAGGAGACCACUGGAGGAGGAGGAUCCUCAUUGUUGGCGGCGCCGGGACGCGAUCUUUUGGCCGGUAGUGCCACCGAUCUUAGCAAGGUAGUGCCAGCGCCAUUGGCGCCCACUCUUAGCAUCGACCAAGAGCCGGAGGACUUUGAUCCAUUCGAUACUUCAGCGGUCAGUGCCAUUGUGCAGCCGAAGGCCACAGAGCUGCGCUUUCUGGAGCGGGAACUGCUCACAAACGAGACGAGUGGAGGACUCAGGCACUCGCUGAGCGAUCCGGACUUUGAUCCGCGGGCAGGACAGGCAGAGGAGAAGCCGCCGCCGCCACCGAAGCCACAGCCACCGCAAAGGCCAAGGCCACCGGUGCCACCGUCGCCAUCCCACAUCACUCCGGAGUUUGACGCCGCCCGACGCAAGUCCUCGCUGAGCCUGAACAUCCAGGCGAAGAGUGUGGGUUUCCUGGUGCCAGGACCGGAUCUACUCGGUGCCGGUAAUGAGGUUGGGGCCAACAAGAAGCCUCUGACGCCGUACUACGCACCCUCAGCCGCUGGACCUGCAAGCGGCAACCAAUCGAUUGCCGAGGGCAUACCAGAGUCGGAGGAUCCCUUCGACACCUCCUAUGUGCCGGAGGCCAAGCUCAGUGACAUCGAGCUGAAGCACAUCGAGGCGGAUCUAAUCGCCGAGCCAACGCCCACGCUGCGACACAGCCUCUCCGAUCCGGACUUUGAUCCACGUGCCCCGCCCACGCCCGUGCCCGCCGAGGUGCUGCUCGCCGUCGAGGAGAACAUCGACAUUAAGGUGCUGACACCCGCACAGGAGCGCAGACAGCUGCCGAACGCCGGCGGCGCCCGCAACGCCCAGGGCCAAGAUUCGGACGAGGAGGACGUCGAUCCAUUUGACACGUCAAUUGCCGCCAAUCUACAGCCGGGACAGACGGAGCUGAAGCUGCUCGAGAACGAGCUGCUGCCACAGAGAAGCGCCCAGGAGCUGGCCAUUGACGCGCAGAGCGACGCCCAGGAUCUGGGACUCGGCGACAAGGUGCUCACGCCCUCGCUGCCAUCGCGCCCACCGCCGCCAGUGCGGCCGCAGGACAUCGAUCCUUUUGACACCUCCAUAGCGGAGAAUCUAGCGCCCGGCGAGACGGAAAUUAAGCUGCUCGAAAGCGAACUAAUCGAGCGCUAAGCUGCGAAUAAGCAAACCGAAA